GUGUCUAAUUGUCAUGAUAACAUAAUUUUAGAGGGUACUGUAUGUUAAAACGUUUAAGCAGUGGUACAUGUAGUCAUAAACAUGAUACUGAUAAUAUGUGACAGUUAAUGUACAUUGCUCCCUAAACAAUCACCAGCUCACGCAAUCGAAAUACAAUUAUUCAUCAGCAAAUGGUAUAAUAGUCUUGGUAAAAUACUUUUGUCAGUUAUUUGUCAAAGGAGUGUAAUUUAGUAGUUUCCAUGUUGACCAGGUAAAUAUGCUAUCAUUUGUUCAAGAACUUGUCUAACCACCACCCAAGUUUAGCUCUCUUUCGAUGGGUGUGUCACUUUAACUGUAAUAUGAGAACCAUAUGACCAAUAGGAAGAGAAAAACAGAUCGAAAGAAUAAUUUGCUUUUCUUCCUCAAACUAAAGCGAAUGAAAAGUUCUCACUGUGAGGCCAGCAGGGAUUCACUCUAGUUGAGAGUUUGAGCAAGGAAGCAGGCCACAGUCCAAUAAUACCGGAACAGCUCUACAUGUUAUACUGGUAUUUGUUGUGCACUGAAUAAUAACAAUACCAGCAAAGAUGGCCGGCCAGCUACAGAAGAUCGUAGCAGAGAAGAAGAACGUGGUAGAGACUGUAAUGGAAGUGUUUGAACAGGGAGCUGAGGUGGUGGCCAGUAUCGCAGGUGACCUCUUCCCUGUUUUCGCCAUUGCUGCUCCCAUCGUGAAAUUGGCCCUGGACAAUGUGGAGAGCAAGGAAGCUGCGUUCAUGAAGGAGCAGUUCCAGAAAGUUCGUGAACGACUGGAGGUGGUUUCAGAGGAGAUGCAGCGGAUUAACGAGGAGAUCAAGAAGAGCGGAGCGGACGCUGCCUACUUUUCUGUGGAGGAGAACAUCUCCAACCAGUUCCGCAAGUACAUGGACAUCCUCAAUGCCAAACCCAAGUUUCGUGAGGUCAAGAAGAAGCUUUUUAUGGAGCAUUUUGUCAAAACAGGUGGCGACAAAAACCUACAUACCCUCUACAGUGCCGUGACGGGAGACAACUUCUCUGGAGAGUCAGUGUUGGAGAUCACUCUUAACUAUGAGGAGAAAAGUCGACGCGCAAUGGAGGACUUCUGUGCCAGGUUGAAGAAACUCUUUUGCAUUGGCCUCAUCGCUCUGAUGGGCUACACUGCUCUAAAGGACUACGAUGACGAAGAGAAGCUUCUUCAAGACUGGGGCGAAAAGAUGAAGGAGGUACAGGUGAAAAUGAAUGCUGUCAUUGAGGACUGCAUCACCAGCUUCCCCAAGCAGGCUGAACUGGAUUCCCGGAGGUUGGUUAGGGACCACUCUGACCUGAGCAACCAGCAGCUGGCUGAUGCCAUUUUGGAGAAGCUGAAAAGAAAGUAUGACUGGGUGUGCUGGUCUGUCCGUAUAUUCAGCUCCCCUUCGGGCCUGUUCUCCAACAAAAAAGACAUCCAGUGCCCCACAGGGAAAAAUCGCUUUCAGGUGCCAGCGACAGAUGAGAAGCUGAAUGUCGUGGUGUCCUACAGUGCCUCGCCCGAGCCUCUGAACAAGGCCCACAUCCAGCAGCUGAUCCAGGGUCAGAAGAAACUCACCGUAGUGGGUACAGCUGAGCUCCUGUUUGAGCAGUUGCCAGGUCCAUGUGCAGUCCACACGGUCAAGACUUGCAAAGACCUGGCCUGUGCCUGGAGCUUUGCCGAAGAGCUACACUACUGGGAGGAGCACAAGAACUUCUAUGUUUGCGUUCACUAUAAUUGAUGUUUUCUCACUUUAAAAUGAAUUAAUAAUUAGCCAUAGCUCCCAAGGUUAUAUUCAGUCCAAUUUGGUCUCUGCAAUAAGACUGACAUUGCCAAGUACUUUCUCUCUUUCUCAGUUGAGCUCUGAUUCCCAGAUAUAGUAAUGAGGAGGAACAUAAGCUAACACUUAUUAUAAAGCAUGAUACUUACCAAAGACUGUUUUACCUGUUAAUCUAUUCUUUGUAAUGUUAUUUUUUAUGUAUCCCCCCCCCCCACUACAAUAGUAUAAAUAAAAUUAAUUUUCUGCAGAAAUACUGUACAUUUUCAGAUAAACCACACAUAAUAACUGUGAUUGUCAUGAUCUAUGCCUCUGAGAAUAGAAAUUAAACUUUGGGUCUUGAUACAUAUUCUAUAUUGACCAAAUCAUAGAUUUUUUAUGAAGUGUGUAAAUAUAAAAGCCUAAUGUUUGUAUUGUCUGUAAGAAAUCCCUCAACAUUUUGCAUAACUAGAAUUGCGUUUUCCGUCUUUUUAUAUAUAAACAAUCAUCUUAGAGUGAACUUUCACUUGCAGACUCAAAUUUCAGCUGCUGCAAUUUACAUUCAUAUGACACAGUGGAGGCUGCUGAGGGGAGGACGGCUGAUAAUAAGGGCUGGAACGGAGCGAAUGGA